AUGUCUGAAACUCCGGAAUUGGUGAAAAACGGCUCAGGGGGUUUCGAAAGACCCAGCAAGCGGCAAAUUAGAGCAGACGACGAUGUUCGCGGUAGACUGGAGGACUCUAUCGCAGAGGGUCCUAGCGACAUUUGUACAUACUUAGAGCUUGUGAACCUAAUGCAAGAACAAGACCAGCUUGAAGAGGCUCGUAAGGUGCUGGAUCAACUUCACGAACGUUUUCCAUUAUUUGCGUCUAUUUGGACUGCAGAACUCAGCUAUGACCUUGAGCGCGACGAAUUUGCGCAUGCAGAGAGUUUGCUCACGCGUAGUUUGUCCGGACCGCUAGAGAACAACGACCUAGGAUUGUGGUUUAUGUAUCUGGACUUUGUCCGUAGAAAAAACAAUAUCAUAACAGGUGGUGAAGAGGCACGUAGCGUGGUUCUGAAGGCGUUUGACGCUGUAGCUACCAAGUGUGCAAGCUAUGAGCCAAGAUCGGCUACUUUUUGGAGUGAAUAUCUUUCUUUUUUAGAGCAUUGGAAGCCAGUUAGCAAGUGGGAAGAACAGCAGCGAGUGGAUCUCACUCGUACGUUGUACAAACGUAUGCUAUGUAUUCCUUUCGAGGGCCUUGAACGCUCCUGGAAUAAGUACACACAAUGGGAGCAAGAGGUGAACUCUUUGACGGCACGAAAAUUUAUUGGAGAGCUCUCUGGUAAUUACAUGAAGGCGAGGUCGUUGUAUCAAGAAUGGGCCAACAUUACUAGAGGCUUGAAGAGGACGCUUCCAUCUCGUUUCUCGCAAUUCACACGUCAAAACGUUCCCCAACCGGGUGAGUACGAUGUGGAACAAUUGCAUUUAUGGACAACAUGGAUAAAAUGGGAAUUGGAAAAUAAACUUGAUCUUCCCGAGGUGGAACACGCGCACAGGGUCGACUACGUCUACAAGCAAGCCGUGCAGUACAUGCUUUUUGCACCGGAGAUCUGGUACAAUUACUCCAUGCAUGCGGCAAUAGCUUCCAGUAUUAAGGCCAGCGAAAUCUUGGAUCAAGGUUUGGCCGCAAAUCCGGGCUCCUGUACACUAGCCUUCAAAUUGGCAGAGCAUUAUGAAAUUCAAAAUGAUGUACCUCAAAUGCAACUUUGCUUUGAGAAAAGUAUCGACCAUCUAGUUUUGGAGUAUCACAUAAUGACUGAUGAGAGCCAAGAUACCUACGCCCAACGGCAAAAGAUAACCUUCUUUUAUUGUAUAUACAUGAAUGCAUUAAAAAGGGUAUCGGGACUUUCAGCUGCUCGUAAGGUUUUUGGUAAAUGUCGCAAGCUUAAAGAUUUAUUGACACAUGAGAUAUACAUCGAAAAUGCUUACUUGGAAUUCCACAAUCAAAAUGAUCAUAAAACUGCAUGUAAGGUGUUAGAACUGGGCAUGAAAUACUUCGCCAAUAGCGGUGAGUACGUUAACAAAUAUUUGGACUUCCUCAUUCUAAUCAACCAGGAUGGAUUAAUUAAGUCCCUAUUUGAAUCAUCCCUCGACAAAGUAGUUGAUAUUGAUCAGCUUCAAUCCAUCUAUAAAAAAGUCAUCAACUAUGAAUCGAAAUUUGGCAACUUAACCAACGCUUACUCGAUUGAAAACAGGUUUUUCGAGAAAUUCCCACAACUAGAAAAGAUUGAAGUUUUUACCGAUAGGUAUCAAGUCCAAAACAACAACCUGGUUAAAAAAUUAGAACUAACUUAUUUGUCUCAGCCGGAAUUUUUAACCGAGUUCUCUCAAGUAGACAAGAAAAGGCCAAGAGACUCGGCUAUCGCUGGAGAAGGAACAAAAUCGAAAAAACAAAAAUCCCAAGAUUUUGUCAGCGAUAAAGUUAUUGAAUUACUAAAAGUUUUGCCAAAACGUCAGUACUUCAAAACUGCUAUCCUUGAUGCUGAAAGACUCGCGCGCUUUUUGUCAGAAAAUGUAAGCAUACCGUCAAACGUGGAGUAG